AUGCCGGCCUAUUUCCAGCGCCCGGAGAACGCCCUAAAAAGAGCCAACGAGUUCUUGGAAGUUGGGAAGAAGCAGCCAGCAUUGGACGUUUUGUACGACGUGAUAAAGAGCAAGAAGCACCGAACAUGGCAGAAGAUCCACGAACCGAUUAUGCUGAAGUACCUGGAGCUGUGUGUGGACCUCCGCAAGAGCCACCUGGCCAAGGAGGGUCUCUACCAGUACAAGAACAUCUGCCAGCAGGUUAACAUCAAGUCUCUGGAAGAUGUGGUUCGCGCCUACCUGAAGUUGGCGGAGGAAAGAACUGAGGCCGCUAAGGAGUCCUCCCAGCAGAUGGUUUUGGAUAUUGAGGAUCUGGAUAACAUUCAGACUCCGGAAAGUGUCCUCCUGAGCGCUGUGAGUGGAGAAGACACUCAGGACCGAACGGACCGGCUGCUUCUUACACCAUGGGUGAAGUUUCUCUGGGAAUCGUACAGACAAUGUCUGGAUCUUCUACGAAACAACUCCAAGGUGGAGCGCCUGUACCAUGACAUCGCCCAGCAAGCCUUCAGGUUCUGCUUGCUGUACACCAGGAAGGCCGAGUUCAGGAAGCUAUGUGACAAUUUGAGGAUGCAUUUGGGUCAGAUUCAGCGCCAUCACAAUCAGAGCACCGCCAUCAAUCUGAACAAUCCCGAAAGUCAGUCCAUGCACCUGGAAACCCGCUUGGUCCAGCUGGACAGCGCCAUCAGCAUGGAGCUCUGGCAGGAAGCCUUUAAAGCUGUUGAGGACAUUCAUGGUCUGUUCGCCUUGUCUAAGAAGCCGCCGAAGCCCCAGCUUAUGUCAAAUUACUACAACAAGGUCUCAACGGUGUUCUGGAAGUCGGGGAACGCCUUGUUUCAUGCCUCUACCCUACAUCGCCUUUACCAUCUGUCCAGAGAGAUGAGGAAGAAUCUGACCCAGGAGGAGAAUCAGAGGAUGUCCACCAGAGUCCUACUGGCCACUCUUUCCAUUCCCAUAACCCCGGAACGCACAGAUAUCGCCCGCCUUCUGGACAUGGAUGGCAUUAUUGUGGAGAAGCAGAGACGCUUGGCGACCUUGCUGGGGCUGACAUCACCACCCACUCGUGUUGGCCUUAUUAAUGACAUGGUCCGGUUUAAUGCGCUCCAACAUGUGGUUCCGGAGGUGAAGGAGCUUUACAACUGGCUGGAAGUGGAUUUUCACCCUCUAAAGCUUUGUACCCGUGUCACUAAGGUCCUGGACUGGGUGAAGGAACAGGCCGAGAAGGAGCCAGAACUUCAGCAGUACGUUCUGCAGCUACAAAACAACACCAUCCUCCGUCUGCUGCAGCAGGUGGCUCAGAUAUAUCAAAGCAUCGAGUUCUCACGUCUUGCCACGCUGGUCCCUUUCGUUGAUGGCUUUAUGCUGGAAAGAGCCAUUGUUGAUGCCGCUCGUCACUGUGAUCUUCAGGUCCGGAUAGAUCAUUCAUCGCGUACGCUGAGCUUUGGCUCAGACCUGAAUUACUCUGCGCGGGAGGACGCCCCGGUGGGACCUUACCUGCAGAACAUGCCAUCUGAACAUAUUCGGAACCAACUGACAGCGAUGUCCACUGUGUUAUCCAAGGCGGUGUCCGCCAUUAAGCCUGCCCAUAUCGUGCAAGAAAAGGAAGAGCAAGAGCAGUUGGCCAUAACCGCUUUCCUGAAGAACUCAAGAAAGGAACACCAACGUAUCCUGGCCCGUCGGCAGACUAUCGAAGAGCGCAAGGAGCGCCUGGAGAAUCUAAAUAUCCAGAGAGAGAAAGAAGAGCUAGAGCUGAAAGAGGCUGAAUUGCAGAAAGUGCGCAAGGCGGAGGAGGAGAGACUGCGUCUAGAGGCCAAAGAGCGUGAAAAAGAACGAAUCCUGCAGGAACACGAGCUGAUCAAGAAGAAGACUGUGCGUGAGCGACUUGAGCAGAUUAAGAAGACGGAGCUGGGAGCCAAAGCUUUCAAAGACAUCGAUAUAGAGAACCUGGAGGAGCUGGAUCCAGACUUCAUCAUGGCCAAACAAGUGGAGCAGCUAGAGAAGGAGAAGAGAGAACUACAGGAGCGCCUGAAGAACCAGGAAAAGAAGAUCGACCAUUUUGAGAGAGCCAAACGGCUGGAAGAAAUUCCUCUCAUUAAGAAGGCCUAUGAGGAGCAGAGGAUCAACGACAUGGAGUUGUGGGAGCAACAGGAAACGGAACGAAUUAAGAAUCUGUUGCUGGAGCGGGAGAAGGCAGUGGAGCACAAGAAUAGGAUGUCCAGGAUGUUGGAAGACCGAGAUCUCUUUGUGUCAAAACUGAAGGCUGCCCGUGUCUCGGUGUAUGAGGAGAAGCUCAAACAGUUCCAGGAUCGACUAGAAGAGGAAAGAAGAACUCGCUUGGAGGAACGCAAGAGGCAGCGCAAGGAAGAGAGACGUACCUCCUAUUACAGAAACAAGGAGGAAGAGGAGCAAAUGAAGCAAGAGGAGGAGAUAAAGAAAGAGCGAGAGGAAAGAGACCGGGCUGAGAACGAAAAGAGAGAAGCAGAGCAACAGGAAUAUCAAGAACGCGUUAGGAAAUUAGAGGAACAAGAACGCAAGAAACGGCAAAGAGAACUAGAGAUCGAAGAACGAGAGCGUCGCCGUGAGGAGGAACGACGUGGGGGCGAUGACUCCUUUAGAAAGGAAUCACGCUGGGGUGAUAGAGAGGAAGGUGGAAGCGCCUGGAGACGUGGAGAGGCUCCAGAUGAACCGAAAGUACCUGACAGGGAUUGGCGUCGGCCAGGACAAGAUAUUGAAAAGCCAGCCAAGAAAGAGGCUGAAGUUAUUCCAGAUGAAGGUCCACGUGUGAGAAAGGAAGCAGAGCCCCUCGUAGAUGAUGAUCGCGCGCCUGUUCGUCCAGGCCUGACAGAAGAUAGAGGCCCCAAACGUGAUUUAGAUGAGGGCAAGACAUCAUGGCGCGCUGCAGAAGAGGAUCGUGGACCUAAAAGGGGCUUUGAGGAGGACAGAGUGCCCAAGAAAAGCUUUGAGGACGACAAGGGCCCGAGGAGAGGCUUUGAGGAGGAUAAAGGCCCAAGGAGAGGAUUAGACGAUGAUCGUGGCCCCAGAAGAGGCUUUGAUGAAGAUAGGGGUCCCCGGAGAGGAUUUGAUGAUGAUGAUAAGGGUCCUAGAAGAGGCUUUGAUGACGACCGAGCACCCCGCAGAGGCUUUGAUGACGACCGAGCACCCCGCAGAGGCUUUGAUGACGACCGGGCACCCCGCAGGGGCUUUGAUGACGAUCGGGCACCCCGCAGGGGCUUUGACGAUGAUCGGGCACCCCGCAGGGGCUUUGACGAUGAUCGGGCACCCCGCAGAGGCUUUGACGAUGAUCGGGCACCCCGCAGAGGCGGUUUUGAUGAGGACAGGGCACCCCGCAGAGGCGGUUUUGAUGAGGACAGGGCACCCCGCAGAGGAGGUUUUGAUGAUGAUAGGGGACCCCGUAGAGGAGGUUUCGAAGAUGACCGGGUACUCCGCAGAGGUAUUGAUGAGGAUAGGGGUCCUCGGAGAGGUUUUGAUGAUGAUCGCCCUCCAAGACGGGGCAUUGAAGAUGACCGUGGCCCUAAAAGAGGAUUUGAUGAUGAGCGUGCGUCUUGGAGAAGUGCUGAAGAUGACAGGGGGCCCAAGCCCCCUGUGAUUGAUGACAGGGGACCAAGGCGUGGCGUUGAUGAUGAUGAACCAUCUGCCUGGAAGCCUGUUAGUGCCACUCGACCAGGUGGUGGCUGGAGGGAGCGUGAGAAAGCUCGGGAAGACAGUUGGGGCCCUCCGAGGGAAUCAAAGGUUUCUGAAGAUAAUGCGUGGUCCAAAGGCGAGCCCGACCCGGCCCCCGAACGAGAAAAGGUCCCCCCUGUCAGAGAGGAGAAUGCCUGGAGACGGGGAGGGGACGAUCUCUUCGCUUCCAAAAAAGACCAGGAUAGAGAAGAAAUUCCAGAGAAAAAGGAUGAUCGGCGACGUCCUUUAGCAUCUGACAGAGAUGAGCCGGUUAUUCCAGCGAGUCCAUGGCGAAAAACUGAAGACAAAGAAGUUGGUCCUUCAAAACGAGCCCUGCCCCCGCCAGAGAUCAGAGAGAAGCCAUCAUGGCGAGGAGAGAAAAAGGAAGAUAAAGACGGACCUCGCCGUGUCAGAAUUGAGACCGAUGAAGAUGGCUGGACAACCGUACGGCGCUAGGUAUAUACAGGGCGUUUUAGUGUCUGUAUAAGGUCCUUCCCAGAAUAAAUAAAAAGUCUGGAUCUAGUCCCCUGGUUAUUGACGCUAUCUCCGACCUCUGAAUUCACUUGCAGGAUGAAGAUCUGGUAACGUGUCCAGUCCCUCUACUUACCUGCAUGACAGACGGAGCUGAGGAGCGUCCAGCUGUUUAGCCCAUAUGACCUUCGCUCUCAUUACGUGAUUUCCCCGCACAAACCUCCCAGCUUCUGUCUAUGAGUGUGUUUAACAUAACCUGUAAAAUGGUACUCAUAGAUCGGCUUCUACCUUUACUAGCAAGACUUUGCCCAUUGUGGCUUCUUCCAUAAGCUGCAUCAAGUACUUUUACGUGAAUGUCCAGCCAUAAACCUAAACUUGGGCUAGAUAUUCACUUUAAAUGGUGGUUAAGAAAUUGUAGUUUUGAGGUCUGAUUUUUAGCCCAUCUUAUUCCCUAUAAUUGCUGUGUUGCUGCAAUGGGUUGUGUCCAUGAGCAUUAUGGUGUUAUUUGGGUCAACGCAGGAUCUUUUGCUGCUUAUUCAAUAAAAUAAAACUUGCUGGAAA